UAUGAAGAGUUCCCGAGUUUUGAUCGUUCUUCUGCUCUUUACGAGCGAGUUGAGCCUUUCUGUGAAUUCGAAAAAAUCUCCAGGGAAGGAGAGCGUUAUCAACUAUAAGUACGGCAAGAGGCGCUAUCAUGCUCUGGUAUGCGAUGAAUCGCAAACGCUUUGCGCGGAUCGUAAAGGAAGGUACAGGUGUUGUGGGACUGAAGAGGCUUCGUGCUGCGAGGGUGGGGAAUCCUGCUGUCCGAAAGAUUAUUAUUGUAGUUUCAAGACUAAAUCUUGCUGUAAAAUGCCGACUGCCUUCGUCCUGCGGAAGACGGAAGUAACACCCGAUUGUUCCAUGAACUGGAUGAAGACGAAAAUUCCCAAGAAAGAAUGACAGCGACGGAACCAGCGUCCUCGGCUCACUCUGCCCGAAAGAGACGGCGACCAAUCAGUGCUGCCGGCAUUCGAUGCGAAACGCGCCCAGCAUCCCUGACACGUCGAGGACGAUGGAACCUCCCUCAGCUCCAAUCGGAGAAAUCAGCGUCACGUG